CUGGUCUUGUGAAAGCGGAAGUGGGGCGCGCAUGUGUCUAGAGCAGCACGCGCAACUUCCCCCUUGUUCAAAAUUUUCUGCACUUCUUUUUAUUUGGUAAACCAGGGCUAAUCUGGCUAAUCUUUUCUCCGUGGCUGCCGUGUUAGUGACCCAGUAUGGACAUCCAGAGUAUUGAACCAAUGACACUCGGCUCUCCAGCCUCCCCCAAGUCUGGGGCUCAGUUUUUACCUGGGUUUCUGAUGGGAGACCUGCCUGCUCCUGUCACACCUCAGCCCAGGUCUUUUGGGUUGACAGGAGGCGGGGCAGAAACCAGAUCUUCUCUUCUGGCAGCUGGGUCUCCUCCACAGCCGGUGGUCCCAACGCCUAAAGACAAGAGUGGAGCCCCUCCGGUCAGAAGCAUCUAUGAUGACCUCAACGGCUCCAGUGUGGGAAUGUCACCUCUUGCUGCUCGCAAACAACCAUUUGUUGGAGUGCACACACCUUUGUCUGGUUUAACAGGGACGCCAGGAACAGUGUCUAAUUUAUUUAGCCCUGCGGGGCAGCAGAGGAAAUCAACACUUUCCCCAGCUCAAGUAGAUCCGUUCUUCACACAAGGAGAUGCUCUGUCCUCAGAAGACCAGCUAGAUGACACCUGGGUCACAGUGUUUGGGUUCCCUCCAGCAUCUGCAUCAUACAUCCUUUUACAGUUUGCACAGUAUGGAAACAUAUUAAAACAUGUGAUGUCUAAUACGGGUAACUGGAUGCAUGUUCAGUAUCAGUCUAAACUGCAGGCGCGAAAAGCUCUCAGUAAAGAUGGAAAGAUAUUUGGAGAAGCCAUAAUGAUUGGCGUCAAACCGUGUAUCGAUAAAAGUGUAAUGGAGAGUUCAGACAAGAGCAUUAGUUCCAGUUCUGUGUUCACACCCCCAGUGAAGGCUCCCAGCACCCCCAGUCACCCUCUAUCAACUCCCCGAUCUGUCAUGAGACCCCUCAGUGCUGCUUACAAAGCAUCCAGCAGUGACUACCAGGUUGUGUCAGAUCAACAGACGCCAAAAAAGGAUGAGAGUUUGGUAUCAAAAGCAAUGGAGUAUAUGUUUGGAUGGUAAUCUUUCACUCACAGGGUCCUGAUGAAAAAGCUCUGAGACCAUCAACAGCCUCUGAUGUGUUGACAUUGCUCUAAAAACUGACGUUGGGUUUUCUGAGCACAAGCACUGACUGAAUACAAAAGCACUUUGUCUUUGAGGACUAAUCGACUUUGCGUGCUGUUUUACGGAAGAUGGACUCUUGAGUGUUUCACAUGGACUGUUCUCAACUGCUGGGUUUGGAGUCGUGUGUUAGUCCCUCCUGUCUGCCCUCAAAAUCAUACAGACUUACCCACUUAAUCAUAUGCAUUAAGUGUUUCAGGUCUUAACAGACUCAAGGGACCCUAUUGUAGAAAACCCGAAAUUCUUGCCUGACAUAAUUCAUGGUUAUGAUCAGCUUUCUCAGUUGAUGUAUAAAAAUGGAUCUCAUGAGAAUAUCAUUGACACCUACAGCUUUUAGAGAUCAAGGCCUCAAUCUAGGAUUUCUCUUUUCAAGAAAACCUCUGUUUUUAGUUUUUUUGUGGGUUUCCACUAACCUUGUCAGUUAUUUUAAUGGGACAGAAUCUGUUUUUUUUUUUAGAAAUGUCUGAAUUUGAAAAUGCCUCUACUCUUUAAUAAACACUGUCUGAUUAAAAACUA